GUGGGAAGGCUAUAUAGGAGCUGGCUUCCAGGAGAGCCUGGCCAUAACUCCUGCAGGGGAGGGAACCUGGGGGUCUUCCUUGCUCUCAAAAGCCGUUUUCUGACAACACCAACCCGGAACCACUGGAAGACCAUCUGAGGAGCAAUGUACACCGUGAAGCUGCCAGUGGCCCUUGCCAUGCUGUCUGUUGUGUUUAAUCAUCUGAAAGCCACACCCAUUGAAAGCCAGGAAUGGACAGAUCCAGUUUUGGCCCGAAAUAUGCUGUUGGAACUUCGAGGGGCAAAGCCACCAAAUGAAGAAGGAAACACCAAAAGUCAUCAGAUGGAGAAGCGGAAAUGCAACACGGCCACAUGUGCAACUCAGCGCCUGACAAACUUCUUGACUCGCUCCAGCAACAACAUCGGUGCCAUUCCUCCAUCUACCAAUGUGGGGUCCAAUACUUACGGCAAGAGGAACACGGGUGAGAUUUUAAACAGAGAACCGCUGCAUUACCUACCCCUGUAGAGGCGCUAUAUCCCAACUGUUCUUGUCGUCUCGUGUAUGAAUACUUAGUGAUCUCUUGUGUCACUCAAUAGUGCCUUUUGACCUCUAGUGUGGCUUUAUAGCUCAGUGUGAGUGCCAAGUUUGUGGUGGUAUAUACAAAUCAUCAUGUUAAGAAUUGCUUUAAACUCAAUACUCAAUAAAGAAACCAUUGUUUUAAAAGGUGGUAUCUUUUAAAAUGAAAUAUUCUUGCUAUAGAUAUUGAAAUUUGCUUAAAAAGUAAUUUCUUUAGGGGCUGGAGUGAUAGCACAGUGAGUAGGGCGUUUGCCUUGCAUGCGGCUGACCUGGGUUCGAUUUCCAGCAUCCCCUAUGGUCCCCUGAGCACCGCCAGGAGUAAUUCCUGAGUGCAUGAGCCAAGAGUAAUCCCUGUGCAAUGCCAGGUGUGACCCAAAAAGAAAAAAAAAAGGUAAUUUCUUUAUAAUCAGAGUUUGGGAACAAAAGAGAAAAUGGCAGCUGGCGACUUGGUAAACUAAAAACUGAGUGGAAAUAUAUGAUUCUAAAUAUCUGGAAAUCCUGUUAUUAUAAGUUCCAUAGCUAAGAAAUGACAUUUUUACACCAGAUUUCUGAAGUGAUAUUCAGUGAUGUUUUAAGAUCAUAGAAUCUUGUACUUGACUCAGUCAAAUUAUUUUUAAAAUUCAGUUCUCUGCUGUGCUUGCUGGUAUUAGAAGUAAUUUAUACCAUAAGAGUUUUGUUGUGUGCUAUCAUGAGUGUGCUUUUAUUAAACAUCUGUGUCCUUUAUCUGCUUACGUGCAUUUCAGCAAGCCUCGUGCCUAUUCUUAGACAGGACAUUUCAAACUCAACUUGUGUAUUUGUUAUUUAUGCCUUGGAUUAAAAGACUUUAUGGAAUCUA